AUGGCCGACCACAAGGCCGCGCGCGACCGUUGCACAGCCUUCUUGAAACAGAAGACCGAGGCCGUCGACCCGCAGGACCUCCCCGUGCUCGACGAGUGUCCGAUUUGCCUCGACAACUAUGUCCUGGAACAGUCCGUACGCAUCAAGAUCGAGGGUUGCAACCACGUCUUCGGUCGGAACUGCCUAACUGCAAUACUUACGAACAACCCACGGCUCGAGAAGAAGUGUCCGCUCUGUCGGACUUUGUGGAUGCGGGCGCCAGCUGGAGCGGUACAACCUCCAGUUCGCACGGCCGUUCUCUCGUUACCCGGGCCACAUGCGCGACGCGGUGUGCUAGAUCCGAUGGCGAUUGCGCGUCUCGCGGAUGAUGAGCGUGCUCGUCACGUGCCCCAACAGCGUGCCACUCCAAAUAUAUGGACACGUUUUUCCAGGGAGACUUUGCUCCCUGAGCGAGAGCGACCGCGUGAGGGCCGGGUGAUCAAUCUUAUCGACAGUGAUGACGACGAAGACCCUCUCGAGAGCUUCAAUUCCAUCACUCACGACAUCAACAAUGUCCGAGAGCGAGCCCGCAACACGCAGGGUUCGCGAAGGCAGCGUAAAGAGCAAAAGAAGAAGGAAUCGGCAGCUCCAAAUUCUGGCAAGGCCACGACCGUCAAGCACGAGAAUGGUGGCGGCGACGAUGCGACAGCCAAUAAUGGCAGCAGCAACAGCCAGCGUCAGCCAGGUCAACCGGAACACCAAGAGCAACACAGUGUGUUCCCCACUACUUUCUGGAAUCCUCGCCCGCGCCCUCGUCCCACGCCGCAAAGCCUCGCAGACCGUAUUCAGCGGAACUGGGGCUUGCCAAAUGGCAACAAGAACGGCAGCCAGAGCGGUAGCCAGAAUGGCAACCAACUCGCAAUUGUGAUCGAAGACGGCAACGAAACAGCCGCCAUGGAUGUCGACAACGACAGAGUUGCCCAGAGCGGCGAGCAGGAUGCGCCCCAACUUCCGCUUCUAGGAGAGUUCUCGCCUGAAGAGAGCACGCGGGUACUUCCCGUUGACUUUGGCUCACCUGAUAUCUUAGAUUCCCGUUCCAGCAGCCUCCGCCAGAAACAGCGAUCUAGGGCUCCUCCAAAUCCCUUCCUGCUCUCACCUAGUCCCGAGAACGAGACCGUCAAGGAUCCCCAUUCUGGCCUCACAACCGCCUCUUUGGGCAGCAAAGCCCAACAGGAGCGGCUCGAUCAGCGCGAGGUGGAGCUGCGUGAGCGAGAGGAACGCUUGAAUACUCAGCAGCGGCAAGUAAAUACCCGAGAGCAAGGUCUUGACGUCCGAGAGGGCAUUAUCACUGCUCGGGAGGGGGCGCUGAUUCAGCGAGAAGAGCGUCUUCGGGAGCGCGAGGUCAUGGUGGGGAGCAACAUAGACUUGCACAUGGUGCGGCAGAGGCAUUUGCGUGAGUUGGAGGUGAUGCUUGCGCGCCAUCGCGAGGAGAUGGGUGAAUAG